AUGUCUCGCGUCGCCCUUUGCACGCGGCGCUUGGGGCUGACGGCGACCACCAAACCACCGCGACGACCUCCUUCGCUCAUCCGACACGCCGAAAGCAGGCAGGCAAGCCAAGCUCAUGUGAGGGGACUUCACAGCACCUCCUACCUAUCUCAAAGAUCAAGCCACGCACCAAAGGGAGAUGCCGCCUGGCCGUCAGCGCCAGACGGCGGAUCCGUGUCGGACAUUGCCUUUGCCUUUGACAUCGACGGGGUCCUAUACCGCGGUGGCCAAGGCAUCCCCGGCGCCCACGAAAUGCUCCGCAGCAUCCGCUCCAAAAACAUGCGCUACGUGUUCCUCACCAACGGGGGCGGCGCCCACGAGGACGCCAAGGCAGCCUCCCUCAUCAAACGCCUUGGCUUGUCCCUUGAUGAGGAUGUCAUUCGGGACAGGGUCAUCUUGUCGCACACCCCCAUGCGCGGGUGGGCUCGCGAAGUCAAGAAGCAGACUGUUCUGAUAACGGGAUCCCAUCCCGAGACGGCAAGAAAGAUUGCAAACGAGUCUGGUCCCCGCGGACCCCUCCGCCCCAAAAACGGCCUCUAUAUUUUCAGACGUCUGACUAGUUUUCUCCUCAGAUACGGAUUUGAUCGGGCCGUCACACCAGCGGAUUUGAUACACGCAAAUGGCCACUUGUACCCGUUUGACAAGUUGAAGGACACGCUGCAUUCAGAGUUCCGCCCCUUACCAGACGGCAAGUCUGCCUCGGCUGUGACGGACCCGUACAGCACGAGCGUUGCCGGAAACGCCCUCAGAAUCGACCAGAUUCUGGUCUGGAACGACCCCCGUGACUGGUCCCUCGACAUCCAAGUCAUCCACGACCUGCUGGUCUCCCACAAGGGUUACUUGGGAACCUUUUCUUCCAGAAACGGCAACCGCACUCUCCCGAACAACGGGUGGCAACAGGACGGCCAGCCGGAGCUCUGGAUCUCAAACUUGGAUCUUGUGUGGAAGGCGGAAUACCACAUGAAUCGCUUCGGUACUGGGGCUUUUCUCGAAGCCCUCAAGGGUGUCUGGCGGGCGGUCACAAAUGGCGCUGAGCUGCAGUACAAUGCGCUGGGCAAGCCGUCCCAAUUUACGUACGAUUACGCUCAUACACGGUUGCUGCAGUAUUAUUCGACCAUGGAGGGAGGCAAACAGGCCGACGGGGGUAGGAAGGAUAUCGCGCCGUUGAGGAGGGUGUACAUGAUUGGGGACAAUCCGGAGAGUGACAUUCGCGGCGCGAAUGAGUACUGUCCGGAGGACGGGACGGAAUGGGUGUCUAUCUUGGUGAGGACGGGGGUGUGGACGGAGACGGAGGCGGAGCGAGAGCCGCGAUACAAGCCUGCCGCUAUUGUGGAUGAUGUUGUAGAUGGCAUUGUUUGGGCCUUGAGGAACGAGGGCGUUGACAUUGACAGGAAGACGCUGCUUGCCCCGGGGGCCGGGGGAUGGAAUGAGGGUGGUUGA